AUGAUUGGAAUGGAUGAGUCUCAUGAGCCUGUGAAAGUUAUAGAAGGCAGUGAUCGCAGCAGUGCUAAUUCUAUUGCUUCUCAAGUGGCUUGUCUUCUGAAAACAGAGUCUCCAGUGACUUCUGCAUCUAGUAUUACACAUGCUACUAAUGAGGAAGAGGCAAAAGCACAAGACUUGACACAACUGAAGCUUGCUGGGGAUUAUAAUGCUACCUUAGAACUGAAUAUGGAAGAUCGGCAAAGAAUUGAAGAAAUUAAAGCUGAACUUCUACAAAACACAAAGCUUACAAGUGAUAUCGAAAGGCAGGGUCAGUGGACUUCGGACUCUGAUUCAGAUGUCACUUCUGCCACUGGUCAAUUUUGUAUAUUGCCUACUGGACCCCGACCACAAUUUGAGGCCUUGAGCCUGGUGACACCUUCUCAGACCUCACUGAAUCCAAGUGACAUGCAUUUGGUGUCUCCAAGUACAAUGUGCAGCAACGUAACCACCCAUCUGCAUGAGUUCGGUGAUCGAGGUGGAAUUUCAGGCAGAGGAGCUCCUUGGCAAAUCACUGCAGAAGCUGGCAGGCCUAUCUCUUCCAUCACAUUUUCUUCUCGUAAACGAUCCCCAUCCCCUUCUGUUUCUCCUUCCCGGAUUGUGAAAAAAUCUUCAGAGCCUAAGCUCAAAGAGUUCACAUUUGAAGAAAAAUCAUCUCAACCAAAAAAUCACAGUUAUACUGAGCCACAUAUAACACGGAAACAAACUCAUGAUGCAGCCACAGAAAAAGUUAUAGAGCAAUGUCAUGACACCAACAAUGGACAGAAUCAAGUUUCUUUUACGAAUGGUUUAAUGCCUACUUUGAAUCACUAUCAGAAAAAUAAUUCCAGUAAUAUUCCAACGAACUCAGAUUCUAAAGAAUGGAUGUUUUCUCCCAGAUCACAAGAAUAUAGAUAUUUAAAUAAGCCACUUCAACAGGGUGAAUUUAUUUCACACCAAGAUAAGGUGAGCAGAUAUCAGCAAGAUGUUUCCACAGGGGUUUACACUCAAAGCAAUGGUUAUGGACCGCGGCUAGUACUAAGGUCGGAAGCAUUUCAAGAACGGAAUCAACAGGAACGUGUUGACAUACAACCUUCAUCUUCUCCAAAACAUGUUUUGGUUCAAAGUCCAAAAGUUCAUAUACCUGAAUCUACUAUUAAUAUCACAAAACACAUUUCCAGAUCCACUCCCAAUCUUUCCCUGAGGGAAGACACAUCGCCUCAAGUGAAAUCUCAAGAUAAUAAUUUCGGCACAGCACCAGUGCAGAUUUCAACUGUUGCCUCUGGAACCUCUUAUGUUUCUUCUCCAACCAGGAAGGUACUUUCCUAUGUUCACUUAACUUUCACUCCAAAGCCUUCCAGUGGAAAUUUGGUUUCAUCAGAGGACAGUGAUAUUAAGUUUGCCUCAGAGCAGAGUAGGGGUAGUAAUAAUCUUGAUAAACAUACCUUCGAAAAAAUUCCUCGACAAGAUUGUGUUUCUACAGUCUCAGAAAUUCAAAUACUCCCAAACUCUCGCAUGGCUGCACCAUUCAAAGGCAUAUGUAAUGCUGAUGCAGAAUCUCAGACGACAACAUAUGUUCCUCAGCAGAUUCCAUUAACACCCACAACUACGUCCAAAACAAAACAGGACUCUCAGACUCUCCUAUCACAGUCCAGAGCGUUACCUAUCACUUCAACAUCAUCCUCACAUGGGGCAAACUGUAUGGAAAAGUAUUGUUAUUGCUUUAUUUCUGUUGCAAAUCAGCCCAUAUUGGGGCCUUAUAAACCAUUAGGCAUUUCAGAUGUGCCAAACACUUCAAUAGCAAAUUCCCAUUCAGGGCCACAAAGCAUUAUUCCUUCAAAGCUCAUUGAGUUGCAUGAGGACAAAGAAACACAGGUCAGCAUGAGAAGUACACAGGGAAUAUCUUCCCAGAAGCCUAUUCCAACUUCACCUUGGGAGCAAAAGGGUUUAAUCUCAGCAGGUUUAAAGAAGAGCUGUGUUUUUGAAAAUGCUGAUAUGUCCAGGAAAAGCUCUGUGGAUGCAAACAGUAGAACGUCUUCGCAAAAUAUCAUUCGGCCUUUUGUCAGAACUACAUAUAAAACUGUUGAAGUUCAGACAGAUGAGCAGCAAUUUGCAGUUGAUGAGCCAGACUUUGCUAGAAUCAUGGAUAAAGAUAAGUGUAAUGCUCAAAAAUGUGAAAUGGUCUACAGCAUGGGUAAUCUGCAUGACCACCUCAGCUCUAGAAGAAAGAGUCCAAUAUCAACCAGGGCAGAUAAUAGUUUCAGAAGCCAGUCUACUACUUCUCAUUUGACGCAUAGUGGAUAUUACCAUGAUGGGUAUCAUGCCAAACAUAGUCAGUCACUUGAUAGAAGUCUGCAGUCAUCCAAGAGUUUAGAUCAACUUUGGGAAAAGUUUAAACAAAGGCAACACCAGGAAAAAUCUGCUGAUACUAGUACAGGGGAACUAACUUUGCUGGAAAGGUUAGAACGUCUGUCCAGAUUGCUCCAACACCCUACUAGACAUUCAGAAUUGUGCACAGAGGAAUAUUCGUCAAUCAGGGAUGAUAGUGGAAAGAGGCCUUUAAGCCUGCAAAUGCAAAAAGAAGAGAGACGAGAUUUAGACAAAAGGAAAAAGCAGGCCUGGGUGAAAAGCUUUCCAGACUCAAAAACUAUACAGACGUCUCCUCAUGCUAAACAUGGAAUGGUGUUUGAGACAGAUUCAGACCUUGGAACUCUCCACGAAACCUCAUCAGAAAGUAUGCAAUUUCCACAGAAAUACCUAACAUCAGAUGAGACUGUAGAGAGCAGUAAUAGUGUCAUCACUUCUGAAACAGACACAGCUGUACAAACGGAGUCAAAUUUCUCUGCACCAGCUGAUACCAGCAGCUCUGUUUCUACCAUCAACACUGCUCGGUUAAUUAGGGCCUUUGGCCCUGAAAAAGUUGUUGUCAAUCCAUACCUGUCCAAACUUUAUCAUGUUAUUGAUAAACAAAAGGAGAAUUUGGAGAAAAGGACACAAAACAGGACAAGUAAAGCAUCCAGGAAGCCAUUGACAUCUUCAGCAACCUUCUCAGGAAAUAAGAUGGUGUCAAAUCCUUUGCCAACAGUAGAAACAUCUUACAAGCCUUCACAUCAUCUGAAAAACAAGAAACCUACAAUACUUGUUCACAAAAGCAUCCAAGCUGGUCAUUUUGAGAUAGUCAGUAAUGCAACCAAGAAGAACACCAAAGAUGUUGGAAUGACUUUCCCUUCCCCAGACUCUGACAAUGGGCCCCAUACUCAUAUCUCUGCUGAGGCUCGAAAUGAAGAAGCAACCCACAACAGGCUGCUGUUUGAAAGAAAUGAGCUUCCUCGAGGGUUCCUUUAUGAAAAAAAGAGAAAGAACAGACAGAGACAUCCUAGAGGGGUUAGCUGGUUUGUUCCCGCUGAGGAAUUGAUGUGUGUAGGGAAGGACAGGAAUGACAUGCAGUCUAAACCAAGUCUCUCUUGGUUUGCUCAUUUUACAAAUGAAAAGUCAUGGAGGCCACCACUAAGAGAAAAGCAUAUGCAGGAAGAGCCAGUGAGAAACUUGUGGAGGGAAACGAGACAACCAACUACAAGUCAGCGGCCUUGUGCUCUUGUGCGUGUAACUUUACAGGAAUCCCUGGAAUUGCACCGCCCAGAUUUUAUCUCUAGAUCCCGAGAAAGAAUGAAGAGACUAUUGUUGAAGGCGGAAGAAAGGAAGGAAGAAGCUUUAUUUCAAAAUGAACGAGAACAGCUGUUUUGCUGUGAUGCGGAGAGAAACCGACUAGCCAAUAACUUGCGCAGACUUUUGGACCAAGAAAAUCUUUCACAGAAAAGAGAAAUUACCAAGAAAGAAAUGUUCCUUAGAUCAAAAAGAAAAUAUUCCCAGUUGCCUGAGGUCCGAAAACGGCAAGAAGAGGAGAGGAGACAAGCAGAAUAUCGAUGUAACAGAAAGAAGGCUGAACAAUACAAACGGAAAAUUACCAACCGCAUUUUAGGAAGAAAAGCACCUUGGGAAUGAAAAAUGGACCUAGAGGAUGACAGUGGGCCUUUUAACUACUGCUUUAAGUAGACCUUGUUUCUUUAACAUUUUCUUACCUCAGUAUUUUUCCUCAUUGGUGUUUAUUGUGUUUUAAGGUGUGAAUACGAAUCAUUUUAAUUUCAUUCAGGGAACAAAUGACAAACUGUUGGAUUAUGUUUAUGUAAAACAAAUGUGUGAGAUUUUAAAUAAUGUUGUAAUACAUGUAGGUCUGGGUCUCUGCAGUCGCUAUAGAAGAACAUUCUUACUUUGUAACUUUUAGACCGCUGCCUUCUUCCGAAGAAUAUAAGUUUUAGAUAGAUAGAUAGAUAGAUAGAUAGAUAGAUAGAUAGAUAGAUACUUUAUUAAUCCCGAUGUUUUUAUAAGUGUCUUCUCUAAUAAAUAUUUGGACAUGAUACAGAUAUUGUUAUUUUAACGUUUUCCCAAAAAUAUUGGAGUUGAAGUUAUCUAGUGAAAGUACAGACUACCAGCUUUAACUUGAGGGACUUUACAGUUUGUAUUGAAACCAAUCCCCCCCUUCAAAAUAUAUGUGUAAUGAAGACAUACACAAAAAAUAUUUCUCCAGCUGCAAUUACUCAAUGCAACUUAGAAUAGCAAUAAUUUAAAAAAAAAAAUCAGAAUCACUGAGAUUCUUUAUGAAACGGUUUAUAUAAUAUUUUUCUUAAUCCCCUUGAAUUAAAAAUGAAAAUCUUCACUUCAAUUACAUCUUCAUUGCUUCCUUUCAAAUACAUUGUGGUGGCGUACAGAGCCAAAAUUAUGAAAGUGGAGUCACUGUCCAAACACCUACCUACCUGGUCUUUUUUCGUGAUCACUAAAUCCAGUGUGUCUUGUGUUUUUCUAACAGUUAAACCUAACAUUUAGAUGUUUUUUCAGUCAGCACAUUAAUACAUUAAUAAUGUUUUAUUACAAUAUUUAAUUGCUUUGCUUCAGAAGCAUUAAGUUAUGUAAUUGUGUGAAAAAAAAACUUUUAAAGCCAGUGUUUAAUUUUAUUAAGUGAAAAUAUUUUAAUACUUUGUAUAUUUUGGCAAUGAUGUAAUUGUAUGCUCUUUUAUAUAUUUUUUAUUUCUUUUGUUUAUACAGCAAUGAAAAAUGAAUGUAUUUAUUGGAAAAAUAAAUACCCACAUUUUGUGCUU